CGUGUUACAGACCCACUGGUGCGUCUGCAAGUACGUGAGUGGGUGUCCACAUUAAGUUCACCGGAUGAAAAGCUUUCCUGCAAUAGCUUUCACCUUGUUGACCUUCUUUGGUGCUGGUAAAGGAAAUCCGCAACAGAUACCUCAAAUAUGAAAAGGACAUACAUCUCUCUAACUGUGCCUCUCAUAGUGAUACUCACGGGAGCCAUUCGCUGUGAUGACAUUAAAGAGGUGAUGGUCAAGCGAGGUGGAACGGUCGAUCUAUUUUGCGACAUGAUUAUGACCACUGGAUCACACAUUAACUGGUUCCGAAACUGCACUCAUAGCUACCAGCCUCCCCUCGUCAUCUCCCCGACCAUGCUCAGGGAGCAGCCCAUCGCGCGCCUCAACAUGGUGAAGAGAGACAAAGUGGAGUCCUACGACCUGCAGAUAUGGAACAUCACACCAGCUGAGGAGGGGACAUACUACUGCGCAAACACAGAGAAGAAGGAUGGCGUAGAACAUUACACAUACGGGAAAUCUAUCACCCGUGUGGUACUGACUGGUAUAGGAAAUGAUGAAUGCGAAGAAAUUAAAACUCCAAUGGUUAUUGGUAGUCCUGGCCCUUCUCUGGCACCACUGCCAGAGUGUGGGCAGUGCUGGAUGAUGCUGUACAGUGGGGGUGCUGUGUGCAUUCUGCUCAUUGGUAUCGUCAUCACUGUUUGUAUCUCCCACAUUCACUUAAAGAAAGAAGUCCAUCAAAAAGAAGUUGAGUUCUACAUUCAUGGAUCCCAGUUCAAGGCUCAUGAGUUGAGUAAGGACCACCGGUGCAGGAACAGUGUGAGGGGGAAGCCCUGCCUCCACACGGAGGUCAUUUACACACCUCUGGGCUCGUCACACACCCGCCUCCACGACUGAGGACUUCCAAAGAGGCUGAUUUCUGAAGUGGUUGUUUGUUUGUUUAUUUGUUAGAACAAAAAAAAUUCACAACAGUAGUAUCACCCAUUGUAAAGCUUUUAAAAAAAAUAACACAAUGUUGCAUACGUCUGUCUGAGUGCAGGUUGUAUAUAUCCACCAGAGAGGGUUAAAGCGAAGGAUCUUUGUAUCCAUGCUGUGUAGUGUGAGAUCUGAGAAAGAGUGAAAACUCGUCAUAACCUAGUGCCAGCAACAAAGGUCACUAUACAACUUUAUCAUGACCCAUAUGGGACACUUAAGAAGACUUCAGGUAAAGGUUGAGCAGAGAUACAGUACAUAGCUUUAUAUAUUUAAAGCAGGGAUGGGCAACUUUCAUGACUAAGAGGGCCACCAUUUUUUAUCCUCACCAUUAGAGGGCCAAAUGUGGCCGCGCACUUCCGCACAUCUGACAUGAGAGAAGCUACAAAAUAUUUCCACCGACAGAGAACCGGCUCCGUUCCCAUUCACAAACCAACAUUUGAACCGUUUGUCGUGUUUCCACCAAACAAAAGCCGGUUCGGAACGUGGCACCUUGGUUCGGAAGUCUUGCGAACCGGAGUGGGCGUGUCAUGUGCCUAAAGCAUGAGUUUUCCGUCCAUAUCAACUGUUGCCAUGAGUAAACAAAACGAUUCAACUAGCAUUACACUGCAGACGUACUGUAGAGUAGACUAGCAUUUUAAACAGCUAGUUUCUGCCAUUUUUUUAUGGGAGAACUGGUCAUAUCACUCUCCCGUUUAUGCAUCUCAUUAACUUUUGCAUUUGCAUGCACCACCCAUAUUGAUGACGCAUCCUUGGUUCGGUUCAGAGCUAGUGUAAAUGCGGGCUGGUUCACUAGAUAGCACCACGGUUCAAAGAAUUCUGAACGGCACCAGUUCAACACCAGGUUCGUUUUUGGUGGAAAAAACACCUUGAGUGAUGAUCUAGUUUCACCAUGUUAUCAUCACCAAAAGCUUUGGCUAUUCCACUACGCACCUGAACAAUUACGCCAUCUGACAAAGCUUCUUUGCUCUGGCAAGCUCAAAAGACGCUUUAAGUGCGGAUUCCUGUGUACUUCUGGCAAUUAGUCGUUGUUAUUGAUGCAGCCUACUUUUGAUUUGAGGUCGGCUGCGACAGCGGCCCUAGCUCCGGUGUAAGCUCUGAUAUUUAACUUUGUGCAAGGUGUUGUAUUGGCGACUUAAGUUUAAAUCGUUCAUGCUUUCGUUUCAUUUUUUGCACUGUUCUUCUUCGCCGAUGGUAAAGGUCCGAGUCCCGGAGAUUGUAGGAAGCGCUGUCUAUUACAAUGACGGGUGCAGUAAAAAAGAAAAAGCUGCAUUUUUAUUACAAAAAAAGAAUCAUAUGCGGGCCCGCACUGAGUGAGGAGGCCGCCAGUUGCCCAUCCCUACUUUAAAGACUUUAAUGACAAACUGUAUAAUCAUAUUCCUGUGAGAGACAACAGUGAAAUGAGAGCAGUACUCCUUGAGAUGGGAGAAAUACGGAUUUCAAUGUUGGACUUCCUGCUUUCAAUGAUGUAAAAAUCAUCAUUUUACAUCAUUGAAAGCAGGAAG